AUGACAUGGUGCGCACUUUUUAGCGGAUUUCAUGAGAACCCUCCAAACCCCACGCUGGCCUUCUCAAGCCUCACUCCACAAUUCUUUUCCCGGAGUCCCUAUCUUGCCUCGUGGGAUCCGCCUCCUACGUUCCUGGUUCAGGUGAAAGAAAAGACCUCCAAAUUGAAGGAAUUGGAAGCAGAUCUUCUUCGUAGGGCCGAAAUAAUGCGAGACCAGCUACACACACAGGAAGCCGAAUUGACUGUUGCUCGACAGGCUUUCGAGGCAGAGCGGGUCGCCUGGCUUGAGGCAUGGAAGGAGUUUGAUGAAAUCGGACCAAGUGGUGACUGCUUUCCUGGAAGUAAUGCAUCAUCCGCCACUUUAAGUGCCCCCCUUGUCAAUUCUGGUAGGGCACCCGGGCUUGUGGGUGCACCGUCCAUUCAAUUAAUGGGUCUUGGAGACCGAGUACUUUCAGAAGUAAUCAAGGAGCGCACCAAGACAGAAAAGAAACGUAAGGGUCUCUUUUGA